AUGCUCGUUUUCUCUGGUUGGCGCUACAUGCUCGGCGGGUGGGCUAUUGGCGCAGGUCUGGCCGUCUCCCUCGUCAUGCUGGAAGUGUUACCGCUGUCACAACCCUUAGAGUUCAGAGUGGUGGGAUUUCCUGGCACGCACAACACCGGCUUUUGGGUCACGAUUGGCGGCUUCUUUUCGGCUGCGUGCGGGUUGAUGGCUUUUCCAUACCUGCCGUCCUUCCAUUCCGACGUAUCAUUUAUCGACUCAGCUUGUAUACAUCAAACGGAUCCUGUCCUUAUGAGGCAAGGCAUUCAGAACAUUGGAGGUUUCCUCGAAGCCGCCGCAGAACUGCGCGUGCUUUGGAGUGAGCCACUCCUGACGAGGUUGUGGUGCUGUUUCGAGUUGGCUGCAUAUCGGAAGGUGAACCCAACAGGACGCAUCAGCAUCGUUCCGAUCUUCAGGGAGAUUGUUGUGUGUCAGCUUUUUGUCUUGCU